CGCACCUUUGAUUGAUACCAUUACACAAAUAACACGUCACUUCAAUAAUAAAAUUUUCACGAGUAAUACCAAAAGUUGGAGUUCGAGUGGCACCUCACGUAGCAUUAGAAGUAGCAACUUUGAAAUAAUACCAAUACCUGCAUCCUCCGAAUCCAAUCAUAUAGUAUGCAAUUUUUUCGACAAUCUGCGGAUCAAUUUGUUCAAUUACGAAAAAAUAAUCGGUCGUGGUGAAUUUUCUGAAAGAAUUGGUGAAUCAAGAAGUUCCACCCAAAAUCACGGUACACUCCAAAUAAUCAUCAGGAAACCAAAGAUUUCAGCAAUUCAGAAAUCAACGGAGAGUCUUUUUACAGAAUUGGUACCCAGCGGAAAAAAAUUAGUAAUGUUCAAUUUCACGACGAAACAUCCUAACAAAGGCCGACGACGAAAACUAGGUAUACAAUUGACCGAGGCGUUCACGGAUACGAUAAAAAAUCGUAUUGGAAUUGUUGCAAAUUCGACUGAAAUGGUUGACAUUUGUAAACAACCAUUCAAAAAUGCUAAAAACAUUCACAAGUGGUUUUUACCGGAUGAAUACAAACGAGAGUAUUAUUUUGCCAUAGACGAUGAGUAUAUAGAUCUAACAAGCUUCUCAUCCGAGUUGGAAUUAACCGACAUAAUGAUGAGAAACAUGACAGAAUUCGAAUCCAUCGAAGUUCGAUAUUUAUCCGACAAUGUGACCAAUUAUAAUUUAUCAAUAAGAAAUGUUUCGGGAAAUAUGACACAUGCUGGAAAUGGAGCGGGGUCUCCGGAAUUAAACUUCACAAUGGAUCUUUUCCAGUUGAUUAUGAAUUAUACCAGUACAAUUGAUGCCCCAACCGAUAUGAAAGUGCUAACGAAUGGAUUUAAAGUAAAAUCGUCCAUCAAUGAAAGUUUAAUACAGAAAUUAUUCGAAAAGACUACGGCAUCUUUUAUGAAGAGUGCCUUGAGAGAAUCAAUGCAGCAAUACAACAUCAACGCACCUCUGAUUCAUACCAUCACACAAAUAACACGUCACUUCAAUAAUAAAAUUUUCAUGGACAAUACCAAAAGUUGGAGUUUGAGUGAAAAUUCACGUGGCUUUAGAAGUAGCAACUUUAAAAUAACACCAAUACCUGCAUCCUCCAAAUCGAAUCAUAUAGUAUGCAAUUUUUUCGACAAUAUGCGGAUCAAUUUGUUCAAUUACGAAAAAAUAAUCGGUCGUGGUGAAAAUUGUGAUGAAUAUUCUGGAAGAAUUAGUCAAUCAAAAAAUUCCACCCAAUAUAACUGCACUUUCCAAAUAAUCAUCAAAGAACCACAAAUCUCAGUAAUUCACAAAUCAACGGAGAGUCCUUUUACAGAACUGUUACACAGCGAAAAAAAUGAAUCAGCAAUGAUCAAUUUCACGACAGAAUAUCUUAGCAGAGAACGACAACAAGAACUAGGUAAAGUUUUAACCGAGGCAUUCAUGGAUACGAUAAAAACUCGUAUUGCAAUCGUUGGAAAUCCGCCUGACAUGGCAGACAUUUGUAAACGACCAUUCAGAAAUGCUACAGAAAUUUACGCGUGGUUUUCACCGGAUCAACACGAACAAGAAUAUUAUUUUGCCGUAGACGAUGAGUACAUACAAGUAGAUAAUACAACAAAUUUUUCAUUCGAGCUGAAAUUAAUCGACAUAAUGAUGAAUAGUAUGACAGAAUUCGAAUCCAUCGAAGUUCGAUAUUUAUCCGACAAUGUGACCAAUUUUAUUUUAUCAAUAAAAAGUGUUUCGGGAAGCAUGAUGCAAGUUGGAAAUGGAACAGACGAGCCUACAGAAUUGAACUUCACAAUGGAUCAUUUCCAGUUGAUUAUGAAUUAUAGUACAAUUGAUACCCCAACCAAUGUGAAAGUGCAAACGAAUGGAUUUAAAGUGAGACCAAGCAAUAAUGAAAGUUUAAUACAGGAAUUAUUCGAAAAAACUACGACAUCUUUUAUGAAGAGAGUCUUGAGUAAUCAAACCAAUGAGAAUUCCCAGUUCUCGGUUCCAUCGCUCACACAACAGAGAAAUGGACCUUUCAAUAUAAUUGGAAUUGAACAUCUGAAUGGAACGUACAAUAUUACUAAUCAGACAGCUGAAUCCAUCGCUAAAAUUUUAUGGGAUUUUCAUAACAACACAGAAAGCCGAGCAUAUGAAAGUAAUUCAACCAGAAUAAAUAACUCACAGAGUAAUCUUGAAGGCUCCAAAUUGACCGAUAUAUCGAUGAAUUAUACUAUUCUUGGUAUUCAAGACGAGACGUGCGAUUUUGAGAAGAAAUUCCAAGCGAAUUACAAAGAUAUUCACGUUGUUUUGAAAGGAUCUAUCACCGCAACAAAUAUAUCAAAUAAAUGCUUUCCAUUCAGUUUGCUUAUCAGCAGUUUAAGUAUUUCAAGGGAAAAGGACGAUUCCGGUUUUCAAACGAAAAUGAGUUUUGAUGAUAAACGGAUUUUCGUCAAUACAAGCAAUACUGAUAUGGAUUCAAGCGAUAGAAAAACUAUGAAAGAUAUCAUACGAAAUUACGUGCAAACAAACAUUGAAAAAACAAUCAACGAGAGCUGGCGCUUUUCAAAUCUUUUCGAAACAUGCAAGGAUCCAGUUGAGAGCAUUGUCAGCAAAAAUAAAAUCGAAGCGAAAAAGUAUUUCUACCUGAUAUCAAAUUCGAGCCUCAACGAAUCUUUUCACUUACAACUGCGGGUAAACUACAUCGCGAUUUGGGGCUUCUCUAGUUACAAUUCGAUUGAAACUACCGAUGUUCGCAACGGUACAUCAUUUCAAUUCGUCGUUAAGGGUUUAGCAGCUCGCGUCAAUUGGUCGUAUUAUAAAGCAAAUGGACUUUCAAAACCUAUGCAAGUGGAUUUAUUCGGUGGCUCCAUUUUAUUAGCUGGACGAAUCGAUAAGAACAAUUCGACAUUGACGUGGGAGGAUACAUCACGUCUCAUAUUUAAAAUUUCAAUACUACCGUCUGCAAAAAAGAAAACGAUAACGGUAGAAAAAAUAAUACAGGAAGUGAAUGAAAUGACGUUGUCUCGCAUCAAGAAAUCCAUCGAAAACAGUUUCAAUUCACUUGGCAAAAAAUAAUCAACAUGAGAAUAUUGGACCGGCUGCAAGACCAUAGUCGGAUUUUUAAAAAAAUUCAGUUCACAUACAUUUUCAAUGAAAUAUACUGGAUGAAUCAAGAUGUAUCCAGUACCCACUACCCACUACCUAAGUUUUCAAAUAAUUAUAUUUGUUUCGAGUUUAAUAUCAUUUUUAUGUAAUUUAGUGCAGAAAAAUUAAGUAGGUACCUACGUAUACGUCAAAAUAUCGUACAUUUAUCAUAAAUUAGUGUGUAAGUAAAGUUGAGCUUAAUUAGAUAGAUUUAUCAAUAUUUUUAACAUUAAAAUAGAUAAGUGAACCACUCUAUUGAUUAUCUUGUUGUAGAGCUCAACCAAGGCCCUCUAAAAAUUAAAAAUUAGCCAUUUUUGAAAAUUUAAGUCGUAAAAACUGCUUGGAGUUUCCAGAGUGACCAGAAAUGAUGACAUCACAUUUAAAGAAUAAGUAGGUACGAGAUAUUUUGUUUAAAAAAAAAAAAACAUUAGUCGCCGAAAAUGCCCAAUUUUGAAUUUUCAAUUACCAAAAAUCUAAAAAUCAAUCGGGUUAGCUGAUAAGUACCUACCUAUUAGGGUUAUGAAGGUUUCACAUGGUGCUGUUUCCUUGUGAGAUUGCAUUAAACAUAAUGGAGCCCUGAAAAAAAUCAUUGCCAAAUAACCUUGACAAGACGUACCAACAAAAAAAAUUCCAAAUUUCUAGUUUCCUGCCCCCCUUCUAACCAGAAGGUUUGAAAAACUGAAAAUUUUUCCACACGGAGAAAAUCGUAUCGCACUUUUUAUUAUAAAUAAUGAGAUUUUGGAUGUACCCUAAAAAUUUAAAUACUUUUAAGAUAAAUUGUAGUAAUUUUUGCGAUAGGUACACAGUAAAAUCUUGAACAAAAAAAAUGUCAAGUUUUGAAGCAUUAGAAAUUUUUAAAAAUUUUCAACUUUGAGUUCUCAUUGAGAAGAUGAAACAUUGACCCAAACGCUCGAAAUUUUUCCUAAGUUUUGUUGCGAUUAUUUGGGCAUAAUUUUUUGCAAGGCACCGUUAAGUUUCGAAAAGAAAUUGCACCUAGCUGGUACACACUUACAUUUGAAUUUUUGAGAACUGUUGCAAAUAGAGAAAUUUAAAUUCGGUAUUAUCUAUAAAUCACAGGCAACUUUACUUUUUUCAAACCUUCAAAACAAAUCAAAAAUGUACUUGAGUUCCCCAGUACCAACAAUUAAACUUUUUGUUAAAUCAUCUCAAAACAGACACCGCAAGAAUUUUUAAUUAGUAAAUUAAUUGGCAUCUAGAUACCUGAGGGAUAUUUGCAAUUCAAUAUUUAUUAAUCUGACAUGAGUGGUUAAUAUACGUCAUUUAUACGUAAGUAAUUUUAGUUUAUUGGAAUUUUUAUUUGUACAUAUCUGAAUAAAUUACGAUAGCACUUUAUGCACAUUCACCUUCAUGAUGGAAGUGUUUUCCUGGUAAGAUAAUAGUAAUAAUAUCUAUGGUAGUUUGUUAUUUUUGAGUGUACAGUUUAAGUUGAUUAAAUUAAUUAAUAAUUACUUAAUAAAAAUUUUAUGUGACUAAAAAUUAAAACAGUUUUUCCGUA